AUGUGCCGAGGCUGUGGCACGGUGCCGCGCGCGCGGAGCGUAGUGCGCGGCGUGUGCGGCUUGCGCGGCGUGCGCUCCGUGCGCGUGCUGCCCGCGCUGUCCGCCUCCACCAGCGCGCUGCACCCGCCCGCCGCGCCGCUGCUGCUGCUGCACACGCACCCCGCUCACCCCGCGCCCUCCUGCUCAUACCACGUGCUGCCCGAGAGCCAGCGCGGAGAGCGCUCGUGCUGCGAGGCGGACACGCAGCGCUCGGACUCCAGCUCGGAGUCGGAGGCCGAGCCCGAGCCGCUGGACGACGAGCCCGACGAUUCCGAGCCGCUCAACGAGCCCGAGUUCGACGAGCGGCUCGACAACGCCGCCUACUUGCGUGACGAGCCGGAGCCCAUCGACGACGCCUCCGACUGA